CACACACACACACACACACACACACUGCUCCACAACUGGCAGAGAAAAAAAAGAAAAAAAACCUCAGACAUGGAUGACCCACUCACAAAAUGGCUCCACUUACACAGUAACAUCAACAACACGGGAGGAUCGGACAUAGUGGACUCAAGCGAGUGGUGACGGUAGCCUGUAAAAAUGAUGGAAAAACGGCAGCCGGAGCUUUGUCCUGGAAGUCCCGAUGCGGAGUCCGGUCCUGGAAAGCGGGAGGACUCCUCCAUCAUCUCCAGACAGAACGGAUGCAAGGAGGACGAGGAGCCGAGGAGAAAGGUGGGAGGGGAGGAGGAGAGGGGAGGGAGCUUCAAGGGGGCUGUGGAGACGGAUGACGUUCCGCUGCAGAACUCCAGCAACGGGACCAGCAUCAGCGUCAUCAUCAACGGCGUUGCCAAGGAAACUGCCUCUCACAACGCCCUUGACCUGAAAAGGGAAGUGCCGGUGAUCGAGCUCUCCAGGAGGGACGCUAUAAAAGCGGUAGAGCAGAGGACUGAAAGCCAUUUGGUGCCGAUCACAGAACUUCGCAGACCUCCACCGCUGCCUCUGCCUCCGCCGCAACGAGACGACGCUCGAAUGGUCCAGCUGAGCCCAAACGCGUUUCCUGUCCCGGCCCGGGCGAUGCUCUACAACCUGGCGCAGCCUCUCGCCGCCAUCAACAGUCUCGGAGGGGAGUCGGAGCAGUACAGCAUGUACCCAAGCAACAGGGUAAAGCGCCGCCCUGCGCCUUAUGAGGUUGAACUCGACGAGGGUAGGCGCAUUUUAGAUCUUUAUAAGUAUGCUGGCCAGCCAAAGAUUGUACGUCGUAUCUUCACGAACAGCCGUGAACGUUGGCGGCAGCAGAAUGUAAAUGGAGCGUUUGCAGAGCUCCGUAAACUCAUCCCCACUCACCCUCCGGACAAGAAGCUGAGCAAGAACGAAAUCCUGCGGCUCGCUAUGAAGUACAUCAGCUUCCUCUCGAACCUGCUGGAGGACCAGGAUGGAGGAAGGAAUGUUGGCAACACAACUGAUGGGGAAACUGGGCUGCUGGUAGGGGUCCAUGAGGGGGGCCCUCAGGGUGGACCACAUCAAGACACAGUGGUGGGCUUAGCCAGGGACGAUCUUCUGGAGACAAUGUCCCCAGGCUCCAGCUGUGGAAGCCUGCCUGAUGGCGAUGCUGAGGGCAGUCCUGAGAGCUUUAUGGAGGACCAGGACUCACCUCCAACUCCAAGGACUCUACCGGCUUCACGUGGGCCUCCGCUCCAUCUAGCUGCUAGGGAUCUGAGGCGCAAUGGACGCCCAUUAGAUGGCUCCAGUCGCCGAUGAUGCUCUGCCAAUAGACCAUGGACACAACACCUGAUGAGACUGAAAGAGAACAAUGAGAGGGACUAAGGAAGGGAUGGGAUAUGCUCAGGACCUCGUUAGCAUUGAGACAUUGGUAUAGGAAGCAGAAUCAAGACUUGUGUAGUGAAAUAGUGUUGUCUGACAUGGAUCAUAAGUACCUGUCUCCACAUCACAUCUGAGACAGCACUGAUGAAUUGCUUGGUUUGAUUGGUGAUCGACUGAAUUUGAUCCAACAAAAGACUUGUAAAUUCUGCAUGUCUCAUGUCUUUGACUGACCUGCGGAUCAUAACUUUCCGUGUU